AUGGCUAAAGCAAAGACUUCCUCGAAGCCAAACGGCGCAGCAAAGAUCAAAUCGGCGGCUGCGAAGAAGGAGAAACCGGUUCCUGUCAAGGCAUUGCCUGUUACUCUCCUGUCGGGCUUCUUGGGCAGUGGAAAGACCACUCUCUUGCAGCACAUCCUCCGAAGCGAGCAUGGCCUGCGGAUAGCCGUGAUCGUGAAUGACAUUGGCGCAGUCAAUGUGGACGCUAAUCUCAUUCGCAACACCCACCGCCUGACCAAGACAGAGGAGAAGGUCGUUGCGCUCCAAAAUGGCUGCAUCUGCUGCACUCUACGUGGAGACUUGCUUGAAGAAUUGGUCCGCCUGGCUGAGCUUGCUGAGUUUGACUACAUCAUUGUCGAAUCAUCUGGUAUCUCAGAGCCUGAACAAGUUGCCGAGACAUUCGACUCCCGUCUUGCAGAGCAAAUCAGCCAAAUGGGUGAAGGCCCCGAGGGUCUUGAUGAAAGCACUCUCGCCACUCUCAAGAGACUCAAAGAGGCUGGUGGUCUCGAGAAGUUCGCCAAGCUGGACACGACAGCUACCGUAAUCGAUGCUUUCACCAUGUUUCAUGACUUUGAGACUACUGACCUCCUCUCUUCUCGUCGAGACGAUGUGACGCCCGAGGAUGAGCGAACGGUCUCUGACCUCAUGGUCGACCAGAUCGAGUUUGCCGAUGUCAUCCUCUUGAACAAGAUCGACCGGAUCAGUGUGGCCGAUAGAGGACGGGUGCGAGACCUGAUCAAGAAGCUCAAUCACCGGGCCAAGGUGAUCGAGUGCAGCUACGGCAAGAUCGAAGUCCGUGAAAUCGUCAACACAGGCAUGUUCAAUCUUGAAGUUGCUCAGACUGGGUACGGUUGGUUGCAAGACUUGCAUGCCAUGACUGUGCGAGAAGUAAACGGCAGGAAGAUGGUCACACCAAAGCCAGAGACUGAAGAGUACAACGUACGAAACUUCGUAUAUGUUCGCAGACGGCCUUUCAACCCUCGACGACUGUUCCAGCUCUUGCAUGACAAGUUCAUCCUGCAGCAUCCUCUCGCAGAAAUGGAGGAGGAAGAAGUCGAUGGCGAAGACGAAGACAUGGAGGAUGCAGAUGAAGAGGAAGAAGAGGACGAAGACGAUGCGGAGAUGGAAGACGCACCCGAGAUUCCCGACGAUGCCACCAUCCUCGCCAACAAGAAGGUUCACCCACUGUUCGCCAAACUUUUCCGUUCAAAAGGCGAGUACUGGCUCGCUACACGGCCAGGCCGGGCUGGUGAGUGGAGUCAAGCAGGUGCAAUGCUUACGCUUUCUGGCGGAAGGCCUUGGUUCUGCACCAUUGACCGCUCUGAAUGGGAGACUGGCAACGCAGAGAUUGACGCGAUGGUCGAGCACGAUAUCAAAGCUGGCGGCACUUGGGGCGAUCGCCGCCAAGAGCUCGUCUUCAUUGGCGAGAAGCUGGACGUCGCAGCUAUCGAGGCCGUUCUAGACGAAUGCCUCCUCACGGACGACGAGUUCGAGCAAUGGAAAGCAAUCAUGAUGGGAGGCGCGGGCCCUAAUGCAGGCGAGAAGGAGGAGAAAGAAGCCAAGGAAGAAGAGCUCGCACAGCUGUUUGACGAUGGCUUCCCAGACUGGGACGACCCGGACGAGGAGCACGACGAGGAUGAAAUGGACCAUGACCUGCACCGACAUGAUUCACAUCACGGCCACUCGCAUUCGCACGCCAAGACGAAUGGCAAGGCGAAGCAUGGUGUGAAGAAGGAUGGGACUGUGUACUAG